AUGGGCACAAAAAGAGCACACUCCGAGGUCGCUUCGGAGGGGGCAAUGCCGGACGACACCUACGAGCAACAGCAGCAAUCAGGUUCGGAAGAUGGCGAGCACGAGAACAAGCGGUUCAAGGCCACCAAGAAGAAGUCUAGAGCGAAGGAAGGCACCACAAAUUGGAACAAGACGCGAGCGAGAAACAUCAGGAGACUUUUGCAGAGCGGCAAGGAAUUGCCCGCCACGAAACGCAAUGAGCUGGAACAAGAGCUGGAUGCGCUGCAGGAGAGGGUCGAGGAACACGACUUUAGGAAGAGAAGGGGCGACAUGAUUCAGAAGUACCACAUGGUUCGAUUCUUUGAACGGAAAAAGGCAGAGAGAUUACUGAAGCAGCUCCGCCAGAAGCUUCAGCAAUCCGAGGACCCCGAAGAACAGAAGCGCCUCGAGGCCGAGGCCCACGUAGCCGAAGUCGACGUCGCCUACGCCCGCUUCUUCCCCCUGAUGGAGCGCUACGAGAGUCUGUACCCCAACAAGGACAAGAACGCCAAGGAGGAGGGAGACGAGGAGAAGGUCGAGGAAGCUGAAGCUGAAGCGGAGGCGGAUGCAAAGCCUUCAAAGCAACCCAAGGCCCUGCGGUUCCUCCACGCCGAACGACCCAAGAUGUGGGCGACGAUCGAGAAGGUCCUGCCGGAGGGCGAGGUGGCGCUGUACCGGCUCCGCGAUCGCAAGUCACCGACAGACGGCCCCGCCAAACGCCAGCAACGGCCGCAAUGGCCCGUUCAACAGACGCAGCCGCAGAGGGUCAAGGAAGAGGAUCCGUGGGUGGCCAGGUCGAAGAAGACGUGGGAGAAGAAGAAGGACCCCAAGCAGCCGAUGAACCGGAGGGAGCGCAGAGCGGCUGAGAGGAAGGCUCCCGCCAAGGUGGCAGAGGAAGAUGACGGCACGGGCUUCUUUGAGUGA